UCCAACCCAGCAUCAUCUUCAUCAGCUUCUUCAUCAGCUUCACGCCAGUGCGGUGGACACGCCGGUGUUGGCAGCAAAGCAAAGUUGGACUAAAUAAGACACGAUGAGUCUCACCGGAGAGCUGAAGAUAAGUUUUAAAUCCGCCUUAUUGUUGUUGUUUUUUUUAAAUGAGCGCCAUUCCGGACUCGCUUGCCAUGGCGUCAUGCAAUGUUUGAAUGUUUGGUGCUAGAGAAGGACUCAAACCGAGUAAACGGAAAGACGAUGGAAGCAGCGUGUUGGAAAUGAACUUUGGGCGUUGUCCGCAGUUAAAUUCAUCUGAGGGAUAAGUUCCUAAACCGGGGUUUCCAAAAAAGCGUCGUCUUCUGGCGGAGAUUUGAACUAAAGUAGUCGUCUCGUGCCAUUUCACCAUAACGACUUCCGUUUGAUUUUGGCUGAAGGUUAAAAACCACGUGCUAGCUUCAAGGUAAUGCUACAUUUCCACACACGGGAUGUCAAAAGUCACGGUUGACAAGAGUGGUUAAAGGUCGGCAUGGGUUCCAGAGGUCAAAGGUUAGAUGUAGCUGGUCUUAAUCUCAGAAUGAAGCCGAGCAGAUGUACAGUGCCUAUGCUUAUGCAUGUGCUGUGAAUACCCGCUUAUCAAGUGGAGAUUUGAACGUGGGGCUUGCACGCUAGGCAGGACUCGACGGACUCUAACCUCCCAGCAAGGAUGAAAAGGAUGAUGGCGGCCUGGGCCUGAACUUGGUGCAUCCCAGGAUGAGCCAGGGCCCAGACAUGGUUCUGGAGUGGCUCUCCAAGCUCCACCUGGUCCAGUACGUGGAGGCGUUUCUUGACAACGGCUAUGACGAUUUAGAAGUCUGCAAGCGGAUCGGAGAACCCGACCUGGACGCCAUCGGGGUCCGAGUCCAGUACCACAGACACCGGCUCCUGUCCGCCGUGGGGCAGCUGAAGGACGCGGACCAGAGGAAAGCGCCGGGUUUCUACUUCACCCUGGAGCCUCCGCAGGCCCCGUGUACGGGGGUGGACCUCCUCGGGACCUUCAGGUCAGGAGGGAGGGGGCCCCACCAGCCGUCCUGUCCCGGAAACCACGACCCGAGAUUCACGGACUGUAACGAGUUUGUGACCUACCCCAAACUGAAGCUGAAGGUCCUCAUCAGGGAUAAACUAGCAAAGGAUGGAAUCGACCUCCGAGAAGCACCGUACACCCGCAAGGAUGGCUCCGUGGGGAACCUUGAUGAGCUGGCCCAGGAGUAUUCUCUCUACUACACCACCUCCCUCGCCGACGUGUGUGAAAGGAUGGAAGAGCUGCGUAGACGGCGAGUAGGGCAGGAGGUUGGCCGGAUGCUUGACAUGGCCGCCACAUCGGUGCAGCUACGCUCUGAGGUCCAGGAAUCUCUUGGACUCUGUAGCACCACGUCGACUCCAGAGGCGGAGAGGAAGUUUCCCAUGCUCAAGUCAAGCUCUGAUGAUGGCUCGGGGGGAAAAUGGGACAACAAGAGGAAGAGCAAGUCUUUAUGGCAGACCUUCCGGAAGUCCCAGAAAGGAGCCGUGCGACACACGUCAAAGGGCGAUGACGUCGGCUUUGUGGCCAGCCGGAUCACCAUGGGCGAUGAAGAGCGAAUCCAGCUGAUGAUGAUGGUGAAGGACAACAUGAUCUCCAUCGAGGAAGCCCUGGCGAGGCUGAAGGAGUACGAGACGCUCCGAAACAGGCAGACACGCACGUUGGAAUCCGCCGAGUGCACGGACGCCUCGCCCACUGCAGCCAGCGAGCCGGCACACUGUAACCUAAGCGACCUGUCAGACUCGGAGCAGGAAGAAUGGCUGACCUUCAGGAGACUCCAUAAGCUGGUCAGCUCCACCCGGAAGGUCAAGAAGAAGCUGAUCAGGAUCGAUGAGGCCAGGAGGAGCGGCGCUGAAGAGAAUCAAAGCGGAGAUGCGGACGCGUGGAAGAAGCCGUCUCAUUGUCCCGUGGACUCGCUGACCUUGGCCCUCCAAGACCACCUGAGCUGCGACACGGGGGGCCAGGCCACGCCUCGCUCCUCCGGUAGCCACCAGGCCUUGGAGGGCAGCCCCCUUCCUCAUGGUGGUCAGGAGACCACCCCCGAGGCGGGACAAGCCAGCCACGCCGCCGCUUCGUCCUGUUGUGACCAUCACGCUCACGAUGGCGAGGAGCCCGCCGUCGCUCGUUCACGGACGGAUGGCGAACUCCGCCGCCGUCUUCUCAGCCCGCUCGGCCACCACGGGAGAGCAUGCAGCUUCGGAGGGUUUGACCUCACCAGCCGUGCAUCACACGGCUCCUCACACGGCUCCUCACACGGCUCCUCACACGGCUCCUCACACGGCGCCAACGAUGGAGACGACGUGAAGGACGCAGCGAGGUCCCCGAGGGUUCCCCGCGUCACCCUGGGGAGGAAGGUGAAGUCUGUGAGGGAGACCAUGAGGAAGCACCUCACCAGGAGGUAUCAGGCGGCUCUCUCGGAGCAGUCCAGUCCGGACGGAACGUUCAGCUGCCCUCACUCGCCCCAGAUGGACUCUUUGGAGAAACCCAACCUGAAGGCCGCCGGAUCUGUGGAAAGCCUGAGGAGCUCCCUCAGCGGCCAGAGCUCCAUGAGCGGUCGGACGGUGGGGACCACGGACUCGUGCAGCAGCAAUCGAGAGAGCGUCAAGUCCGAGGACGGCGAGGAGGAGGAGGUGCCUUACUGCGGACCUUUUUGCGGUCGCGCCCUGGUCCACACCGACUUCACGCCCAGUCCGUACGACUCCGACUCCCUCAAGCUCAAGAGCGGCGAUGUCAUCGACGUCAUCAGCAAGCCGCCAAUGGGCACGUGGAUGGGCAUGCUCAAGGGCAAAGUGGGCACCUUCAAGUUCAUCUACGUGGACGUCAUCAACCCAGACCAACCCAAGCCCAAGAAGACGCGGCGCCGCAGGAAGGCCCGACAGCCCAAGCCCACGUCGGUGGAGGAGCUCCUGGAGCGCAUCAACCUCAAAGAGCACCUCCCCACCUUCCUGUUCAACGGCUACGACGACCUGGACACCUUCAAGCUGCUGGAGGAGGAGGACCUGGACGAGCUGAACAUCAGGGACGCCCAACACCGGGCUGUGCUCCUCACCGCCGUGGAGCUGCUGCAGGAGUACGACGUAACAGUAUGCCCCCUGCUGGCGGCGCUGUGCCCUGCAGGCAGCAGUGACCCGGAGCGAAGCGGGCAGACCGGCGGCCUCUCCGAGGCGACGCCUCUGCUGGGCGUGCGCGACCUGGCGGGAGACUCCCCGCGCGACUCUGGAUGCUACGAGAGCAGCGACAACCCGGACAACGCCAACGACAGCUUGACUCGCCUGUGAACUCUUCCUCCUCCGGGAAGAUACGCUUUUUUUUUUUUGUUGGUGUCCAUAAACAUGACACGCACAUGCGUCGUUUAACCGAAUAGACGCCCAUAUCCUUGCCGCAAAUAGAUUGCAGUCCUGUGGAAUUAAGGCGGGGUUCUACUGAAUGCUCACACAUACGAAGUGAGAUGUGCGGUGCGUUUUUUUUUUGUUUUUUUUUUAUUUCCCGUGAGUGCUUGGUUUGGAAGAAAAGCUCCGGUGAAUUUUACAAAGCUCAGUACGCAUACAGUUUUUGUAUAUACUGUAUACUUUGUUUUUAUCAGGUUAAACUUUGACCUUUUUUUUAUCAUGUGCCUGGAAAAAGUGCAGGAAGCAGACUUUGAUGAUAUGAGGCGGAGGUUUGUGUUCGCACGACCGUCAUGUGAUGAGGAAGUGGGCUGGCGUCAUGGCUGCUGAGUGUGAAGUAUUUAAAAAAAAAAAAAAAAGAGUUUUACCAAACUUGCUUCUUUCAUCAAUUUCUUUUAUUAUUGAACAUGCAUCAGAUUCCAAUUGAGUACAUCCCAUAAUCGGUUCCCAGUUCCACAUGUCCAAAAGGAGUAGGAAGAAGCAAAGCUUAUUAAAUCCUACCCCUCCAUCUGGUACUUUUACAAUCACUAACUCUUACAUUUGUUCACUUCCUGCUUUCCUAAUAUAGUUUGCGUUUUUUUUAUUUAUUUUGUAAUAAGUUGUAAUUUUGGGGGAAAAUGAGGUUGUCAGUUAUGAGAAUAA